CGCAUCGCUCUGGACGGAUGUGUGCGGUAUGACGGUUGUUCGACAUAUCAGGACGGAUCCUCGCUUUCAGUGGCUGUUAGAUGGCCCAGCUGUGCGCUGAGUUAGAAUGGGACAGAGUACAUCGGGCCCAGAGUCUGCAGAGCUUCCAGAGGAGGGAUUUGGAAACAUCAAGUCUUUAGUGGAGGAUCAGCUACAGACAAGCAUGGUGGUGGGAAUCAUGAUCGGCGCUGGCGUCGCCAUCGUUCUCAUCGCUGUCCUCAUAUUUUUUGUCCUCCGCAGGAUCAAGCUCCGCCAACUUGAGGCUCAGGAAGCCCCGAAGUAUCGUUUUCGUAAAAGAGACAAAGUCUUGUUUUAUGGGAGGAAGAUUAUGAGGAAAGUGUCUGAGUCAACCUCCUCUCUUGUGGGCUCCACCUCCUCCUCCAGACCCCGGCUCAAAAAGAAACAAAAGAUGCUGAACAUUGCCAAAAAGAUCCUGCGCUUUAAGAAGGAAGUGCCCACUUUGCAGAUGAAGGAGCCUCCUCCCUCAGUGCUGGAGGCAGAUCUCACAGAGUUUGACGUGGCCAAUUCUCACCUGCCAUCUGAAGUGCUCUACAUGCUCAAGAACGUCCGUGUGUUGGGUCACUUUGAGAAGCCGUUGUUUCUGGAGCUGUGUAAGCACAUGGUGUUUCUACAGUUCCAGCAAGGUGAAUAUGUCUUCAGACCCGGUCAGCCUGACAGCAGUAUAUAUGUGGUACAGGAUGGCAAGCUGGAGUUAUGUCUUACUGGACAGGAUGGGAAGGAUGGAGUGGUCAAAGAGGUUUUCCCUGGAGACAGUGUUCACAGUCUGCUAAGCAUCCUUGAUGUCAUCACAGGUCACCAGCGACCAUAUAAGACCGUGUCAGCGAGAGCAGCAGAGGUGUCCACUGUCCUCAGACUGCCUGUGGAUGCCUUCCUGUCCAUCUUUGAGAAAUACCCUGAAAGCCUUGUGCGAGUUGUGCAGAUCAUCAUGGUGCGUCUUCAGAGAGUGACAGUUCUGGCCCUGCACAACUACCUGGGGCUCACCAAUGAACUCUUCAGCCACGACAUGCAGCCUCGUUCCUCUCCUGUCUCUCCGCAUCCAACACGUUCUAGCCCCAUACGACACAGCAAACGGUUCGGCAGCCUCACUGUCCCUGACAAACACCGUGAGGCUGCAGUCCGAGAUGCUACAUUUGGGGAUAAUGGGAAGGAUGGCGGCACAAUCCCGACUCUCAGCAGGACUAUAUCCAUGCCUGUAGACAUUGCAGGCAUGCAGAAGAGUCUACGUUCAGAUUUUGACAUGGCUUAUGAGAGAGGCCGUAUCUCUGUAUCUGCUGAGGAUGGCACACCUACCCUACCCACUUUCACACGAGAUCAACGGGAGAGGAAGGUGACUGUGGAUGAGGUUCCGUCAGGUGUGUAUCUGUAUCCUGAGGAAGAGUCAGGGAUGGAGAACGUUUAUGGCCUGUUUCCAGGAGGACCUAACGUCACACUGUUCGAGGAGGCGCAGAAAGAGAUUCUCAAGCUUAUGAGGAUUGAGGACCCUGCGCUGCUUAAUGGAAGAGUGAUGCUUCAUCAUGCUAAAGCUGGAUCUGUGUUAGCCCGACAGGGAGACCAGGAUGUGAGUCUGCAUUUUGUCCUCUCAGGCUGUCUUCAUGUCUACCAGAAGAUGAUUGACAAGCAGGAGGCGGUGUGUCUGUUUGUGACCCAGCCGGGCGAGAUGGUGGGUCAGCUGGCUGUGCUGACAGGAGAGCCGCUCAUCUUCACUAUCAAAGCAGAGAGAGACUGCACCUUCCUGAAGAUCUCCAAAUCCGACUUUUAUGAGAUCAUGCGCGAGCAGCCGAGUGUAGUUCUCAGCGCAGCUCACACUGUUGCUAUUCGCAUGUCCCCAUUCGUACGGCAAAUGGAUUUCGCCAUCGACUGGAUGGCUGUGGAGGCGGGACGCGCCCUGUACCGGCAGGACGAUCAGUCUGAUUGUACCUACAUUGUACUGAAUGGACGAUUGCGUUCCGUCAUUCGGAAAGCCAAUGGGAAGAAGGAGCUAGUCGGGGAGUAUGGACGAGGAGAUCUCAUUGGAGUGGUGGAAGCUUUGACACGGCAGCCACGUGCCACCACAGUCCAUGCAGUCAGAGACACUGAGCUAGUGAAGCUUCCAGAGGGAACGCUCAACAAUAUAAAGAGAAGAUACCCGCAGGUGGUGACCCGCUUGAUCCAUCUACUGGGGCAGAAGAUUCUGGGAAACCUUCAACAGCCCCGUGGACCUUUUUCAAGCACUGCUCUGGGUCUGCCCAGCAUGGCGUCCAGUCCAGACGUCACUAACCCAGCCAGUAAUCUCUCCACUGUGGCAGUACUUCCUGUUUGUGAUGAGGUGCCAAUCAAUGCCUUCAAUUUGGAGCUUAGCCACGCCCUCUGUGCCAUAGGACCCACCCUGCUGCUAACCAGUGACAUCAUCAAAGAGAGACUCGGGGCUUCGGCUUUGGACAGUAUUCAUGAGUACAGGUUAUCAGGUUGGCUCGCUCAGCAGGAGGACAUUAAUCGUAUAGUGCUGUAUCAGACAGACAGCAGUAUGACUCCAUGGACGCAGCGCUGUAUCAGACAAGCUGACUGCAUCCUCAUUGUGGGGCUUGGGGACCAGGAACCUGCACCCGGAGAGUUGGAGCAGAUGUUGGAGAACACAGCAGUGCGGGCCCUGAAGCAGUUAGUUCUGUUGCAUCGUGAGGAUGGGCCGGGCCCCUCUAGAACUGUCGAAUGGCUGAACAUGCGAAGCUGGUGCUCUGGACACCUUCACCUGAAGUGCCCUCGUAGAGUGUUUUCACGAAGAGGCCCCUCCAAACUGAGAGAGGUGUAUGAAAAGGUCUUUGAGAAGACUGCAGACACACACAGUGAUUUCUCUCGGCUGGCCAGAGUGCUCACAGGAAACAGCAUUGCCCUUGUGCUGGGGGGAGGCGGAGCCAGGGGCUGCUCUCAUGUGGGCAUAAUUAAAGCCAUGGAGGAUACAGGAAUUCCUAUUGACAUAGUGGGAGGAACGUCCAUUGGCUCUUUCAUUGGUGCUCUUUAUGCAGAGGAGAGAAGUGCUGUUCGGGUGAAGCAGAGGGCAAGAGAGUGGUCCAAGGCGAUGAAUUCUGUAUUCAAAACGGUACUGGAUCUGACAUAUCCAAUCACAUCCAUGUUCUCUGGCUCCGCCUUCAACACCAGCAUCUCCAAAGUGUUUGAGGACAAACAAAUUGAGGACUUGUGGCUGCCUUACUUUAACGUGACCACAGACAUCACAGCUUCUGCUAUGCGGGUUCAUAAAGAUGGCUGUGUUUGGCGCUAUGUUAGAGCCAGUGCCUCCUAUACCCCUUAUCUGCCUCCUCUCUGCGACCCCAAGGAUGGCCACCUCCUCGUGGAUGGUUGCUAUGUUAACAAUGUCCCAGCGGACAUUGCUCGUAACAUGGGCGCAAAAACGGUCAUCGCCAUUGAUGUGGGCAGCCAAGAUGAGACCGAUCUGUGCAACUACGGUGACUGUCUUUCUGGCUGGUGGCUGCUUUGGAAACGACUCAACCCGUGGGCAGAGAAAGUGAAGGUGCCUGACAUGGCAGAAAUCCAGUCCCGUUUGGCCUACGUAUCCUGUGUACGGCAGCUGGAAUUGGUCAAAAAGAGCGCGUACUGCGAGUACAUUCGCCCACCUAUCGACCGCUUUAAGACAAUGGACUUCGGAAAAUUUGAUGAAAUCUAUGAUGUGGGUUACCAGUAUGGUAAACUGGUGUUUACCGAGUGGGCUCGUGGUGACAUCAUUGAAAACAUGCUGAAAGACCAUCGAUCAGCAGACUAUAAUGACAGCAAGAAAACAGACUCCUGCACAUGUCCUAGCGCAGAUUUUACUGAUCUAGCCGAGAUUGUAUCCAGGAUUGAGCCGGUGCAGAGCUACUUGGGAGCCGAUGCAGAAGAGUCAGACUAUGCAACAGAAUAUGAGGAGGAUGGGAUGGACCCAGUGAGAGAGGAGGAGGGUGAAGAAGAGGAGGAGGAGGAGGCUGAAGACACUGAGGACCAUUCUCCUGGAGAAUGGGGACCAAAUGGGGUUUUUGCAACGGACGAGGAGAAGACGGUCCGUCAGAGGAGGAGAAUUACCAGGGACUCCAACAUUUUCUCUGAAGUUUCAGACUGCUGAAAAGAAAGUAAUGCAAGGUCCAGAGGUCAAAGAUCACUGGAAAGAGAAGUAGGUUCCUACCAGAGACUGAAGAGUAUAAAAAAUGGACACAGAAGUCUUCUGAACUAAUACAUUUGUUGGGAAGUCACCAAAGAUAUUGAUACAGACUCAUUAACACUACAUUAUCCACUACUUGUCACCAAAACUUUGUCUCCCUCUAUUGUUGCUUUGCCUUUUUGAAUUUUUGUCUCAAGACUUUGCAAGGGUGCAGGGACUGUGGGCAUUCACCAAGACAGUUAUGGACCCACAUAAACAGGGAACAACUUCUUGAGAGACUGUGCCAGUGAAAUGAGGGAUUCUACCUCUUUUUAGUUGUUUUGGUAAAAGAGUGUACUGACAAUAAUAUCUAUGGCCAGUAUACCGCUAUACUUAUGUCAGGGUUCCCACGUGUCCUGGAAAACCUGGAAUUUUGCAAUGCAGUUUUCCAGUCAUGGAAAAUUAGAAAAAUACCUAAAUGUCCUGGAAAUAAUUAUUUGUCCUGGAAAACAUUUAAAACUUUUUGACCCUGUUGCUAACAAGUUUUUGUUACAUGUACAAAAACAUGGUAAGGAUUCAGACUCGGGAAAGGAGCCAAAUAUACAAAUAUGUAUCGUUUUGUCACAGCUGCCGACUGCACAUUGUGAAACAUCGUCAUAAAUGUUCAUCAUAAACAAAUCCCAGUCACACACAUUCUGUGCUCAUCUGCUGUCAUCUCUGCUUUGCUAAGUAUUGAUAUAGUGCAAAAUACUAUACAGUUGAUAUAAACAAAAUAUAGUUUUUUUCAUUCCAACAUUGCUGUUUUGUUACCCAAAAAACAUCUGAGUUAUAAACUUUAGACAACGAUGACGGUCGGACCACUAAUUUUUAUUUAUUUAUUAAGUCACACGCUGGGAUGUUAUUGUGGUGAUUCUGCCUUAAUACCUCAGGAUGUGAAUUAAUUUUCAAUAAUUCAGUGAUCGGAGUCUGCUUAUACUGCGGUUACCACAUGUAGUAUGUAGAAAACCCAGGCGCAAACUUGUCAUAAAAUGGCAUUAGCUAUAAAAUGCAGAAUGUAAAGGAAUUUGACAUAUUUGGAAGAAAGUUAAUUUUUGAAUGCACAAGUAAUCAAAUAAAAAUUGCAAUAUGUCCUAGUGUGAUAAUUAAACUACAAAAGUCUGUGAUUUAAUUGCAUAAAACUGAACAUUCAUUGGCGAAUUUCAAAAAAUGGGUUUCCGCAAAGAACCAGGAUGUGAAGCUCUGCAGCUGAGAAUAGGCUGUACAGGAAACAGUUCUAAAUAAAGGAUAAAGAAAUGCAAGGCAGUUAAAAAAAAAAAGGAGUUUGGUUUGAUAAAAGUAAAAGUAGUAGAGUUAAAAUAGUGCAGAGGAUAAAGAAACAAGAAUAUAGGGGGCCUGGGUAGCUCAGCGAGAAUUGACGCUGACUACCACCCCUGGAGACAUGAGUUCGAAUCCAGGGUGUGCUGAGUGACUCCAGCCAGGUCUCCUAAGCAACCAAAUUGGCCCGGUUGCUAGGGAGGGUAGAGUCACAUGGGGUAACCUCCUUGUGGUCGCGAUUAGUGGUUCUCGCACUCAAUGGGGCGCGUGGUGAGUUGUGCGUUGAUCGUAGAGAGUAGCAUGAGCCUCAACAUGCUGUGAGUCUCUGUGGUGUCAUGCACAACGAGCCACAUGAUAAGAUGCACGGAUUGACAGUCUCAGAAUCGGAGGCAACUGAGACUUGUCCUCCGCCACCCAGAUUGUGGUGAGUAACUGCACCACAACGAGGACCUACUAAGUAGUGGGAAUUGGGCAUUCCAAAUUGGGAGAAAAGGGGAUAAAAUGAAAAAAAAAAAAGAAAGAAAACGAAAAGAAACAAGAAUAUAUGCUGAAUAAGCAUUUGAGGUUGGUAGAGAGUGAGGGAAAAAGUGAGCGAGGAAGGGAGUGAGGAAUGAGCAAGGUAGAGAGAGGAAAUAAACAAGGUUGGGAGUAAUGAAGUGAGCAAGGUAGAGAUCAAAAAGAGAAUGAGGUAGAAAGUAGGGGUUCACCAAUACCAUUUUUUCUCUCCUGAUUCCGAUACCUGAACUCUCAGUAUAGGCUGAUACCGAUCAGAUGUGUUGUUUUUUUCUUAAUCAGGAAGACGGUGAGAUUAGAGUGUCUGUGUGUUGGGCUAGUUCACAGUAGUUAAAUAUGCUUUUCAUUAAAAAUCUGGUGACUUGCUCCUCCAGUUCCAAUCUCAAUGCAUGUUAUAAGCAAACCGAACUAUCGAGCAUCUACAUCUGAGCUGUAGUUCAUGUGGAGCACUCACAUGUAGCUCUGAGAGCAGCGCAUACUAUGUGUGUGUGCACCGCUCAUUUACUGAAGUGCGUUGCACAUCCAGACUUUCUUUUUAAUUAUUAAACACAGCCUUUUGAGAUUCACAAAGCUAUUGUAUAUAUAAGAGACUUUAAAUAAAAUGCACGAGUCAUAUGGACUACUUUUAUGGUUCUUUUAUGCCAUUUUUUGUGGAGCUUGUCAGUAACGACCAUGACUAACACAUGGUAUCGGAUUUUAAUUGGGUUUAUCGGACCGAUACCUAAUCUGGUUAAAAACGUCAGUAUUGGAGCUGAUACCGAUCCAGGUAUCUGAUCGGUGCAUCCCUAGUAGAGGGUGAGAAAGUGAACAAGGUUGGGAAUGAGGAAGUGAGUGAGGUAGAGAGCGAGGAAAUUAACAAGGUAGGGAGUGAGUAAAUGAGCGAGGGAGGAAGUGAACGUGAUAGGGAGCAAGAAAGUGAGAUAGAGGGUAAGGAUGGGAGCGAGGUAGGUAGGGAGCAAGUUUUUUUUUCAUGAAGAGUUGCAUUAAUGCCAAAAAUCAUAUUUGUGUGUGUGUGCGUGCGUGCAUGCGUACACGGGUUUAGCUUUGAAUUUGUCUUUCAAGAAGACAAGGUGGAUGCCUUAUUUUCUUAUUGCACAUUCCCACAUUCACAAAUUAUUAUAACAAGAACAAAAACACCUGUAAUAUCACAUUUGACAUGAGGUAGACUGAGACCACAGCAGGUUUUUCACUGGGCAGGUGGGAUUGUUAAAUGGGGAUGCAGUGUACUUUCAUUUACUCUCACUCCAUAGCCAAAUGUCAUCUUUCCCAGAUAUUUACCAACCUAAACAGUGUCUGUAAUCACUGCAUGUACAUUCAGUAUCUCUGAAACCUCAUUGCUUUUGGAAAAGAUGUACAAAUCCCUUAACCUUUGACACUUUUGCUUUUUGUUUUUUUUAGACAAACUUUGUUUAAUAUGUUUAUGAAAACUGAAAGGAUUGCCAACUAUUUAAUUUAAUUUAAUUUAUUUGUUUUACUACUGGCUUUUUAACAACUUAAAACAUUUAGAUAUUGAAAUGGUUUAUUAAACAGUCAACACAGAGGAAAAAGAGAAUAACGAUGAACUGUUUCUUGUUUUGCUUGAUUAGCAUUUUUGCACUGAUAAUGAAAAAAAAAAUUUUUUUUGUCUUUACAGUCUUAAUAUGAGAUGCAACUGAAGUUCACACCUGUGCGACUGUUUUAAGCCUGAGAAAUAAAUGUUGAAUGAUAAAACACAAAUAAAAAAAAUCUGAUUUAAUACCAUGCUGAUCUCAUGAAUUUUUUUUUAAAUUACCUUUAUCAUAGUUUUUUGACAGGACAGUGACAUAGAACAGGAAAUGGUGGAGAAAGAAAGGGGGUAAUGGGACUGGGCUAUAUGACCGGCAAGGCUCGAACUGGUAAUAUUUUCACUACUACUGUGGCAUGGCUCUGACAGAUGUCUUAAAAUGACUUGUUUAAAGGUGCACUCAGUAAUUGUUUCCUCAAUAAAAAAAGGUUAACUUCUAAAGACAUGAAUUGUAAUUUUGCAAUAUAUGUAGGAAAUCAUGACCACUCACAUUAAAAUGAAGACUCCAGUCAUAUCAGUAACCUUAUAAAAGCUGUUUUAUUCUACAUGGAGAGGGUCCGCACAUGGGGGCUACUAUUUUAGAUUUACAUGACCAGCCAAAUUGUACUCUCUUAACUACAGUAACAGUCCUGUUAUUGGACACUUUCACUCAUUGAUUAAAGUAAUCAUGGCUGACUGUGAAUACUAAAUUUCUACAAUGGCAUCUAAAAUCAUUUGAUUUUAAAUGAUGCUGCAUCCAAGCUGCUAGAUGUCAGUGUAAGUUCAAGAUGACACAAAGACAAAAGUUACUGAGUGCACCUUUGUUUAACAUAAACAAAAAACUAAAAAAACAUUGAUAGCUCAAUAGAGAAUAUAGAGUUAGAAGUUGACAUGAACAAUCUGAGUGAACACAGAAAUUUGACAAAUACCUUCUGCAGCCCAGAACUAGAAUGGCACUUAUAGUGAAAUUCACAAAAAAAUGUAAUCAUUACAUCAGUCCAGCUCAUUAAAACUCAAAAUAUUGUGGUGGAAAGGUGAGGCAAAACAUGACUAAAUCACUCCGGAGGAGCUCAGGCCCAAAGCGAAGUCAACAAAAUUUUUAAAGAUUAUUUUUUGAAUCUUGUUCAUAGAGACAGAGCAGAUGGCUCACAAUGUUCAAAGGGUGACAUCUGUUUACAGUACUUAAAUAAACAACACAAACAUUUUUUUUUAUAUUUGUUUUAGGUUUUUAAAAGAUUUUAAUUUUUUGUCCAAAAAAAAAAAAAAAAAAAAAAAAAAAAACCUGAGGUAUUCACAAUAUAAUGGCAUUUCUUUCAUUUGAAAUAAUUAAACAAGAAAAAGUGGGGAAGGGGGAAAAACAUUAAAACAAUGAGAAAACUAUGUUGCUGUGUCUCACAAUACAACACAACAAUGUGGGAUGCUUUUGUUCCAGGCUAAAAUUAAGAUGGUACCCAGAAAAGAAAUAAAAUAAAUAAAAAACACCAAAGACAAGAUACACUAUAUUCGUUCUUGGCUGUUGUAGUUAAAGGUGAUGUAAACGAUUUUAUCCGUUCUAACUUCCACAAGACUGAGCCGUUGAUCUAGCCACGCCCCCACUGUCCAAAACACCGCACCCAUAUGGUUGAAAACGACACAACGCAUGUUCGGUUGUCAAACACAACAGUAGCGAAACAGCGCCCUCAACUGACACAUUAUGGAUCAGAAUUUGGCAUUAAGCCUCAAUAAUUCGCUGCAACUACAACUCUAUUAGAACGCUCAAAAUGAUUGACAGGCAGAAAGCGUCAGUGACUUUUUUUUUUUUUUUUUUAA